AUGGCGCUAGACAUGUUCAUGAUUUCACCUCAUGGGUCUGUAAAGCAUGUGAGAAAACCCGGUAUUAAGCGGGACUGCUGCCUCUGCCCUGUAAAAGGAGGUGCAUUGAAGCCAACUGAUGUGGAAACAGUGUGGGUUCAUGUUACAUGUGCUUGGUUUCAGCCUGAAAUGUGUUUUGCAAGUGAUGGAAAAAUGGAACCAGCUGUUGGGAUAUUGAGUAUUCCAUCAAGUAAUUUUGUGAAGAUAUGUGUAAUAUGCAAACAAAUACACGGCUCGUGCACUCAGUGUUGCAAGUGUUCAACGUAUUACCACGCCAUGUGUGCCUCCCGAGCUGGUUGUAGAAUGGAGUUGCACUGCUUGGAGAAAAAUGGUCGGCAGAAUUCAAAGAUGGUGUCCUAUUGUUCCUAUCACAGGGCUCCGAACCCAGAUACUGGUCUUAGUUAUACAAACUCCUUCAGGGGUCUUCUCUGCAAAGAAGUCUUGUCCAAAACAAGAAGAAAGGUGGUUCUCGCCUUAUUUCAUUAA